CCCACAGAGAUAAAAUUAGCGAGAUGGGACACAACCAGCAGUUUUCAGGUGACUCCCCGAAUAUGCAGAAAAAGCAGAAAGGAGGUAAGGUAGGGAGGGAGAAGCAGAUAUUAAGGCCAGGGAUUGCCAAAGCAGUAAUGGAAGACAGGAUUCAUGAAGGACAGAAGGGAAGAUUGAGAUAGACAGUCUGGUGCCUCCAGAGAAAGACAGAAGAUGUCAUCAGGUAGGGUGCAAACAGAAGAGUCAUCCUAAUGCCUAUGCAGCCACGCGUAUAGGAGGGUCUUGGGAGAACAGAUAAAAGGACAACAUAUUGCAUGAUGGAAAAGGAGCUGUAUCUGAAAGGAAGGAAAAUGCAGUAAAUUUGGACAUACGAGCUGGUGGACGAGGAGAUGAGUGGACAUUUAGAGGAGUGCAGAAGCAACUCAUACUGCUGAGAUUUUUGGCACCACAAAAUUAUUAUUUUUUUCUCACUUUGUGGGCAAAAUGAGUUAACUGACUGGCAACCCUUUCCAGACCAACCUCCAGCUUUUACUUCCUAAUUUGCUGAGUAUUGCAAUUCCCACCUCUGAGCUCUGACUCUCUCAGCAUUUAACAGCCUUUUUUUUGCUACGGCCACUGACCAUGGGUUAUUAUACCUCAGUUCUUUCAGCUCCCAACCAGCACUCACCCUCAUGGUAUUGUCACAGCCUCACAAAUACCGACAGCAAACCUAACCUUUGUCAAGGUAAACAGCUAAAAUCAAGGCCCCUCAUCAGGAGUGGCUUGGCUUCACAAGUCAUGAACUUCAGCUCCAAAAUCAGCAGGACAUCAAAGCAGGUGAAGGAGGAGGGGAAGAACAGAGCCAUAUAGCCAAAUUUUCACAGCAAGAAAGAAAUGCUGUGCAGACAGCCUGGACUAAGCAGCCCUGAAUUUUAAGUAGCCCCUUUUCUUCUGAAUGGAGAACUCAGACAUUGGCCUGGUGGGUGGAACACAGCAGACAUUUCAGGACAGGCCCAUUCCCUGGGAGGACUUUGGAAAAAAAGACUGGCUGCUGUAGAGUUAGACUAAUCAGCCAUGCUCUCCUAUGCCAGCUGCAAACUGUGAAAGAUUUUUCCUAUUUGGAUCAUUUAAUGUUGUGCAGUGCUUCAACAUUAUGGUUUACAGGUACCCCACUCUUUGGAGGAGUAAUUUCUUUCCUCAGGACACUCACACUGCUACAGCAAAUGAAGAGUGUCUUCUGUUUGACAAGUUCAUAAGGUGAGUGUUUGGGAUGAUGGUAGCUUAGUCAAAGGAGGGUCCUGAUUGCCCCCCCAGAAGUCUCUGGUAAGAGAGCUCACAGCUGUUGUGUCUAACAGACUGGAUUAAGUAGCAGCAGCAUGGGAUUGACCAGCUGGGAAUGUUAACAAGGUAGUUUUCUGCAACUUGCCCAGUAGGUCCAUGCAGUCUGCUGGCUUUGCCACCUUUAAGAGCUCCAGCACAAGCCAGUAUACCAAGGGCUUUUCAGUAAUGCUAGGACUCAGGACAGUAGGCUCUGUCCUGGUGCUUCCCUCCAGGGCAUCUGUAAUGCCUUCACCAUGGAAAAGAUGCAGAAACUGGAUUCAUUUCUCCAGGUGGGAAUAUGCAGACUGUCUCCACUCUCCUCACCCUUGUGUUUGGAGGCAUCCAAGGGCAACCACUUGUCCUCUGCAGCUCCUGCUACUUGUCAGCUCCAUGGGGACCAGCGUCACUUAUACUGCAGCUGCAAGCAGCUCUUGCAACACUUGCCCAUACUGCGUGGGUGGCCAAACCACUGUCCAGGCAGCAUGCAAAAAGACUCAUCCUUUCUACAGGUAGACUCAAGGGACAAGCAGCUAAUCAAUUAACAAAGAAUACCACAUGUUUUUCAACCUGUGACCUCAGUCCCCUAGAAUUUUGCAGACUAAGUCUAAGGGGUCCAAGAAAAGAACAACAUGUUGCCAUCAAGUACAAAUAUAUUAUGCAGAGCUCUGGACUGGAAGAUGUGAGAAGUGAUCUUUCCCAACAAAACAUAAGCUGUUUUUCUCCAUCUCAAAGCAUCCUCUGGAAUAAUUGGAUCAACUCUGUGCACUGAGAGACCUUUGUCUCAUUUGAAUCAACAUGGAAAGGAAUCUUAAGAAUGUUUUGGUCAUUUCUUUUGGAUUUUUACUUCUCUUCACUGCUUAUGGAGGGCUCCAAAGUCUACAGAGCAGUCUCAACUCCGAGGAAGGCCUGGGCGUUGCUUCCCUAAGCGUUCUCUAUGCUGCUCUUAUUGUCUCAUCCAUGUUUCUCCCUCCAAUUCUCAUCAAGAAACUGGGGUGCAAGUGGACCAUCGCAGGCUCCAUGUGCUGCUACAUCGCCUUCUCCCUGGGGAACUUCUACGCUAGCUGGUACACACUAAUCCCUACCUCUGCGAUCCUGGGCUUAGGAGGAGCACCACUCUGGUCUGCCAAAUGCACUUACCUCACCAUUGCUGGCAAUUCAUAUGCUGAGAAAGCAGGAAAAAUUGGGAAAGACAUUAUCAACCAAUACUUUGGGGUCUUCUUUCUGAUAUUUCAGUCCUCCGGAAUCUGGGGAAAUCUUAUUUCAUCCCUGAUACUUAGCCAAUCUUCCAGCAAAGUGGAAAUCUCAGAAGAAGACCUGGCAUGCUGUGGGGCAUAUGAUUGCAUGAGCAGUACUACUAACACCACUGCCUUGGCAAAACCCUCUGAGUCCUUGGUCUACACUCUGCUAGGGGUCUACACUGCUAGUGGUGUGCUAGCUGUGUUGCUGAUUAUUAUAUUUCUGGACCAGAUCAAAUCUGACCAAGCAGAGACUGAGAAAGAAAUACGAAAGACACCAUCCUUUUGGUCUACGUUCCUAGCAACUUUCCAGCAUCUUAAAGAUAAAAGACAGUGUCUUCUAAUCCCUCUGACAAUGUACAGUGGGUUUGAACAGGGAUUUCUUGCUGGUGACUACACAAAGACUUACGUGACCUGUGCCCUGGGGAUUCAUUACGUUGGUUACGUGAUGAUCUGCUUUUCAGCUGUGAAUUCCCUCUGUUCUCUGCUCUUUGGAAAGAUCUCUCAAUUCACGGGUAGAAAAUUUCUAUUUGCAUUAGCCACAGUUACGAACACUGCCUGUAUAAUAGCACUACUGCUGUGGAAACCUCAUUCUAACCAGCUUGUCGUGUUUUUCAUAUUCCCUGCUCUUUGGGGCUUAUCGGAUGCCAUUUGGCAGACACAAACUAAUGGUCUUUAUGGUGUUUUAUUUGAGAAACACACAGAGGCUGCCUUUGCAAAUUACCGUCUCUGGGAAUCGUGUGGAUUUGUCAUUGCCUUUGGUUACAGCACCACACUGCGAGUCUACAUUAAGCUUUAUAUUUUACUGGCUGUGCUUAUGUUGUCUAUUGUGACAUAUGGAGUGGUUGAGUACCUGGAAGCUAAGAGAUCCCCUGGGACACCUGCUGCUACAGAAAAGGAAAAUGUGGGACCUCACACCCAGGAAACACAUAUGUAACCCAUCAGGGUCAGAGUAAUCAAGGCCAUCUCCUAAAGGCAGGUCUCCACAGGUGCUCCAAUGUGUACUGUCUCCAGACAGAGGGUGAAGAAACACAUUUUGAGGCCAAUAUAAUACAAAUGUCUUAGGAGUAAAAAUUUCUUUUGACAUUUCAGCCUUAUAAAGCAAGACUGUCGUACUUCAUCCUUUCAUACAACCAAAUGCCUCUUUUUUUUUUAAUUAAUAAAGUCUUAAUAAAUGUAUACAAGACGCUUAAAGUCCUCACAUUUUUGUAUUUGUGGAUCAGGCCUGGUACCACAGGUUUAAAACCAAAGCUGAAAAACCCACAUACAACAUGGCGUUGCUAACCUGACAGCAGAGAAUACAAGCAAUGAUUCCAAUGAUCUAAGAUCACGGAGCCACUAUUUAUAAAGAUUUGUAUUCUUCUCAUCCUGCCUUUUUAAACACUUGCUGUUAAUAGCAUUCUGCUAAGCUGGCUGUAUCUACAGUUUGUACCAGAACGUCACUGUCAGGCAGCAAGCAGCGCAGGUCUGUCUGCACUCAGGCCUAGCAGCAGGGCACAGGGAC